ACGCGCUCCCCUGAGCGUCUGCGGCUCCCGCCGCGCCUCGCGCCUGCUGUCCACGCGUCCAGGCUCAACUUUUGGUCUCUCCUCGUUUGUGAGCCGAGGCGGACGGGGACAGCCCCUCCCUUUAAGCUGAGAGGGACCCGGACUCGAUCCCGUGUUGUGCUCAGCUGUGUCUGAUGAUCCAGAGAGGACCUCCACCUGAUGGAGACCUCCUCAGUCUGUGCAUGCGCCUCUGACGCACGGACUGCAGGUCUUCAGAGCUGGGGAGGCUGGUCUGUUCAGAGCUUCAGCUCCAGCUGGUCAAAGGAUUUCUGCUCAGAAACUUGCUUCCACCUGAUGACGGUUUCACAUCCCUCGUGCUGCAGGACAACAGGCUGACUGCAAGCAAAACCUUUCUGUGUUCCGUCUCACCAUAAACAGCAAAUUAAAAUUCAUCUCUUGGAACUGUAUCCCUCCUGGUGAGAUCACAGGGUGAUGUGGAGGAGAGGAUGACAUCCAGAAACCACUGCUCCUCUGACUUCCUACACAACUCCACUGGAGGAUAAUUUUCAGCUUCAGAAGAUUCAUAUUUGGAAUCGACCAGGUUGGCCCCCUGGCCUUUGGCAGGAUGGGGGAUGAUAGUUGGGUGUGUCUGAGUCCAGCUGAGUUCAAUCAGCUGCAGCAGUACAGCGAGUACUCCACGAAGAAGCUGAAGGACGUUCUGGAGGAGUUCCGUGGUGACGGGGUUCUUUCCAAAUACAACCCAGAACAGAAGCAGGACGUUCUGAACCAACCAAUUGACUAUGUGGGUUUCAAGCUCUUCAUGGUUACUUACCUGGAAAACGACAUCCCAGAAGAGCUGUGCCACCAUCUCUUCACCUCAUUUCAAAGCAAGACAGGAGCUUGUUCUCCAGAGCAACCUCCGGCAGGAAUAAACGGGAAGAGCGUCCUGUCUGCAAUGAACCGACACCCCCCCGAAAACUCCACGCUGAAGAGCACUAUGGGAUCAGGCUCCACCCCCUCCCUCUGUUCAUCUCGCUCGUCCUCCCAGCGCUCAGUGACGGGGGGGCACACCCCGGCAGGGCCCCGCCUCUCUCCAUGCUCUCAGGCCAAAAAGCUGGGGGGCAGCAGCAACAAGCUGACCCCCAGCUGUGCAAAGACCCCCACCACCCCGAAACUCUCUCCAGAAACAAGCCGCAGUGAGAAGUCUCUGUGCAGGAGCCCCUCGCCCCAGGGCCCCCAGACUCCCCCCCAGGUGGUCCUUCUCAAAGACAUCGUCUGCUACCUUUCACUGCUGGAGAGGGGGACACCGGAGGACAAGCUAGAAUUCAUGUUCCGGCUCUACGACACAGACGGGAACGGCCUUCUGGACAGCUCGGAGCUGGAUCGCAUCAUCAAUCAGAUGGUCCAUGUGGCCGAGUACCUGGACUGGGAUUCAACAGAGCUGCGACCGAUCCUGAAGGAAAUGAUGGAGGAGAUUGACUUCGACCACGACGGAACCGUCACACUGGAGGAGUGGAUUCGGGGGGGCCUCACCACCAUCCCUUUACUGGUCCUGCUGGGCAUGGAGACGAACGUGCAGGAGGACGGCCAGCAUGUUUGGCGCCUGAAGCACUUCAACAAACCGGCCUACUGUAACUUCUGCCACACUGUGCUGCUGGGAGUCCGCAAGCAGGGCCUCUGCUGCUCCUUAUGCAAGUACACAGUGCAUGAGCGCUGCGUGUCCAAAGACAUCGCUCCCUGCAUCAGCACCUACGCCAAGUCCCGCAGACACACCAAUGUCAUGCUGCACGUGUGGAUGGAGGGAAACUGCCCCUCCAAGUGCGACCGCUGUCACAGGAGCAUCAAAUGCUACCAGGGGCUGACGGGCCUGCACUGCGUCUGGUGUCAGAUCACACUGCACAACAAGUGUGCGUCCCAUGUGAAGCCCGAGUGUGACGGAGGCGUCCUGCGGGACCACACUCUGCUGCCCUCCUACAUCUGCCCCGUCGUGCUGGAACGCCAUCAUGCUCUGAAGCUGGGUGACGGAGACCUGCCGUCCUGCAACAGCCCUGACGACUCCGGUCAGAUUUUCAAGUUCUCCCCGGGUGAUGGUCAGGCUCUGCAGAUCACCCCCCUCCCAGGAACACACCCCCUGUUGGUCCUGGUUAACCCAAAGAGUGGAGGAAGGCAGGGAGAAAGAGUCUUGAGAAAAUUCCGGUACCUGUUGAACCCGAGGCAGGUGUACAGUUUGGAACAAGGAGGGCCAAUGGUCGGGCUCAACUUUUUCCACGACGUUCCUGAUUUCAGGGUCCUAGCAUGUGGAGGGGACGGCACUGUGGGCUGGAUCCUGGAUUGCAUCGAAAAGGCCAGCUUUAGCAAACACCCUCCAGUGGCCAUCCUCCCUCUGGGCACAGGGAACGACCUGGCACGCUGCUUACGGUGGGGAGGAGGGUACGAGGGCGGCAGCCUGCUAAAGGUUCUGCGGGACAUUGAGCACAGUGAAGAGGUGGUGCUGGACCGCUGGCACAUCGACAUCGUCCCCUGUGACAAGUUGGAGAAUGGUGACCCCGUCCCCUACAACAUCGUUAACAACUACUUCUCCAUUGGAGUGGACGCCUCCAUCGCCCACCGCUUCCAUCUGAUGCGGGAAAAACACCCCGAAAAAUUCAACAGCAGAAUGAAGAACAAGCUUUGGUACUUUGAGUUCGGCACCACAGAGACCAUAUCUGCCACCUGCAAAAAGCUGAACGAGUGCAUAGAAGUGGAGUGCGACGGCAUGAUUCUGGACCUCAGCAACAUGUCCCUGGAGGGCAUCGCCGUUCUUAACAUUCCCAGCAUGCAUGGCGGCUCCAAUCUGUGGGGUGAGACAAAGAAAAGGAGGAACUACAGCCGCAUGAGCAAGAAGGUCACGGACAAAAUACCCUCCAUCACUGUCACGGAUGCUAAAGUGCUGAAGUUCUGCAUGCAGGACUUCAGUGACCAGCUGCUGGAGGUGGUUGGCCUUGAAGGAGCCAUAGAGAUGGGGCAGAUCUACACCGGACUGAAGAGCGCCGGCCGAAGACUGGCUCAGUGUGCCAGCGUCACCAUCAGGACCUCCAGGCGGUUGCCCAUGCAGAUUGAUGGUGAGCCCUGGAUGCAGCCCCCGUGCUCGGUCAGGAUCACUCACAAGAACCAGGUCCCCAUGUUACUGGGACCCCCCCAGAAGACCCCCUUCUUCUUCUUCAAAAAGCGAAACCGCAGCUGUGACUAGGACUUGUUUACAGAAAUACAGGAAUGCACGCAAACAUGUUCAUGUGCAAACACACCUGAGCUGCUGCUGGUGGAGCAGCUCCUUCAGAUGAGGCGGUUCCUCCUCAUCACUUACUACAGAACCCCAAACUUUAUUUGCCUCCUGCAAAGUUAUCUACAUCGCCCCCACCCUCCUACCCCACCCCUCAGCACACAUACACACAGGAAGAGGCAGGGCAGUUUCAUGAUGGAGUUGAAUGGAGGCUUGUGUGGAGAGCCAGCUGAGCUCCUGCUUCAAACACCUGAAUGAAUUAUGAAACAGCGCUCACUCGCAGGCGCCCCAACAGGCUCACAACACGCAACAGACGGCACGUCUCAUCCAUUAUUGACCUGUUCUGUUAGCAGGGCUGAUAGUGGGGGGAGGGGUCAACACAAAUACAUUUUAGCCCCAUUGGCCGGUGGACGGAGCUGGCUGGAGGUUCAGUUCAGUCUUCUCUCUUUCAACACUAAAGAUCCAGAUGAACUAUGGUCCUUGGUGGUUGUGGUGCAUAACAGCUGCAGUAAGCACUGGUGCAUAGAAGCUAUGAAGCAGUUUCUGUUAUAGUAUGUAGCACUUGCAGUACAUAGCUGUUGUGGUAUGUAAGUGAUGCAGUGUGUAGCGGUGGCAGUAUGGAACUGCGGCAUGUAACUGUUAUGGUAUUCAGCGGUUGCCGGAUCCUGUGAUUGUAGCAUGCAGCGGUUGUGACAAGUAACUUUUGAGGUAUGCAGGUAUUGUAGAAUUCAGUAGUCAUGGUAUGCAGUGGUGGCGGUAUGCAGCGGUUGCGGUAUGCUGUAGUCGCUGUAUACAGUUAUCGCGGUAUGCAGUAGUCAUGGUAUGCAGUGGUGACGGUUUGCAGUGGUGGCAGUAUGCAGUUGUUACGAUAUACAGCAGUCGCGGUAUGCAGAGGUCACGGUAUGAAGUAGUCGCGGUAUGAAGUAGUCGCGGUAUGGAGUGGUUUUGGUAUACAGUAGUCGCGUAUGCAGCAGUCGCAGCAUGCAAUGUUUGCAGUAUGCAGUGUUUGCAGUAUGCAGUGGUUGUAGAAUGCUGCUGUCGCGGUAUCCAGAGUUCGCGGCAUGCAGUGGUCACGGUAUGCAGCGGUCAUGGUAUCCAGCAGUUGCAGUAUGCAGUGGUUGUAGUAUGCAGCGGUUGCGGUAUGCAGCGGUCGUGGUAUGCAGCGGUUGCAAUUCCAACACUGAGGUACGUUCUAGACACACAUCACUAUUGCAUUUGUCAGCUUGGUCAUGUUGUAGAUAGCUUCCGUCUCUAAAUUUGGCCCUUUUAUCAAAAAUUGUGGGUUUCAAAUACAAAACCCAUAAUUAUUUUAGAAAAUAUACAUACUUCAUACAUACUAUUUACAUACAUUUCACUAAGAUAAAAUGAUCGAUAUAAAAUACAUUUCUUUUUACUUCUAUGAGGAAAAAUUGGUCCAAAAAAAAAUUAAUAAAGUCCUUCUGUGUCUGGCAAAUUUUACUUUUGACAUUUUAUUUAAAAUUGGAAAUGGAUGAUCUCUGGGCUCAUGCCGUUAGAAUUCUCUCUCUCUCAAAGGCUUCCUUUAGGCUUAAUCUGCUGUAAAUGGACCUGGUUCAGAUAAACAGCUGAUUGUGAUUAAAGGCACUUGGUUGGAAUAAACUGUACCAGGUUCAGAUAACCGCCACUUGGUUCAGAUAAUUAUGUCUUCAUGGCUUCUAGUCUUCUAAAUGUUUCACAAGAGACUCUCAUCUUCUAGUCUGAAUGAAAACCAACCUGGAAUGAGUCCAUUUACACUUCUUAUCAACCUGUCCCGUGUUUCUGGGCCUUUACAUCCAGAUGAUGUUCGUGUCAAUGCAGGGGGGUAAAAUGGAUUUUUAUUAAUCCUGAAAGAACCAGAUUCCUUCAUCUUUGUUAGGACUGUGACUUCCAGCAUCCCUCAUUGAGUCCUGCUGCUGUGGAGCUCUCACAAGCAUUCACCAAACUGAACAGGAGACAGAGAGUAGACAAAAAUGUUCAUUAAGACUGUGUCCGUAGUGAUCCAUACUGAUGUUCCCAGACUGUGUAUACUCUGAAUCAUGUGCAAUCGUGUAUAUUUCUGAAAGUUGUAGAUCACAUAAACUGUUCACACGAC